AGUCACAAAAGGUAACAGGUUGUAGCCGCAAAUAACACACUUAACUGUGUCUUUCCGUCCCAAAUUAUUAUGGAUGUGCUCUGCUCUUUCAGUCCCUCCUGGCGGUAUUAAACAUUAUUUGUUUUAAUACCAAGUAAAACAACAGAAGAAGACUCCAAAGUCGAAAACAAACUGGGAAUUGUAGAUAUCUACGUUUUGACCAAAUAACAGUAUGAGCGCUCCGUCGUCAGGACGGAAGACCCCCGUGGACCAGGGGGUUCAGAUCCGCUUCAUAAAUGACCUCUGUGAGUCGGGAGGAGGGGCCCCGUCGGCCCAGCCCAGACCCAAGCCCCCCACCUCUAGGUACGGGGUGGCCGUCAGGGUCCAAGGCAUCGAUGGCCAGCCCUAUGUGGUGCUGAAGGACGGCGGUCCGAAGGGAGAUUCCUACGGGGUACAGCUCCGCACCAACUACCCCUCAGGGUACAGCAGUCUACCACGCCGGAGAGACGGAGAGGAGGGUGGGGGGCGCGGAGGGGAGCAAGCAGGAGGGCAGGGAGGGGCCCUACGCAGAGCACAGUCACACGGCUCCUUACUGGAGAGUGAGGGCGGAGGCGGAGUGGGAGGAGCCGGGGGAGGAGCCGGGGGAGGAGACGGGGGAGGAGACGGGGGCCAGUUUCAGUUUGGGAGACCACCGGGGGACGGAAGGUCUGGUAGCUAUGGGAACCUGGAUGGAGGGAUCGGAGUGGUGGAGGACAGAGACAUGGAGGAUGGAGGGCGGGUGAGGGACAGGAACGAAACCGGUUGGUCAUAUCAGGCCAGGUCUAACGGGUCAGUGGGGAGGGAAGGAGAUAGAGGAGGGGUACGAACAGAGAAGCCCCCUGUCACCACAGCACAGGUCCCGACCCCAAUCAACAGACUGAUCAGCCGCUUUGACGGCAGCGUGAAUACGGGAGGACAACAGAGGGGGCGCUCUCCUGCAGCAGACAACUCUGCAAACACCACCUCGUACGCCCCCAACCCCUACUCCUCGACUCCAUCCUCCACUCACAGUAGCCUGGGCUGGGACCACGGCUCUGUUGGCAAGGCAAAGACGCACCCAGCCAAUUACUGCACUCUGCCUGGAAGGUUUGUCGCUGUGGAAACACCAUUGGCCAAUCAGACAGACCCUCGGGUGACCCCUGACCUUCUGCUUCAGAGUUCAGAGGUCACCAGUGAAGAGGAGCAGAUCAUGCAGACUAUCUACUGCAUCAUCAGGGAAGGGACCAGUGAGAGUGAGUUUGCCAUCAGGCACAAAGUCAGGUUGAUCUUUCAGAAGAUCCAGGGACUCAAGCCCAUUGUGAGCUCCAAUGAGGAGUGGAGGAGAGAAAAGAGGGAUCUGGAUAAAAAGCUGGCGGAGCUACAGACCUCCCUAGAAGAGGAGAGGAGGGGCUCUUUGGACAGGUCUAAACCGGUAUUGAAGGCUGAGCUGGAGUCCUGUCUGGAUGAGAACUUGCAGCUCCAAGAGACUGUGGACAGGAAGACUACUGAACUACACCAGGCACACUCAGAACUGUCUCAGUUGCGCAUGGAGAGGGAGAGUGCUGAGUCCAGAGUCAGAGAGAUGGAGGACCAACUGGCUGAAAUACAGGAUGAGCUGAGGCGAGAGAGAGGCAACAAGACGGACCUAAUGUCAUGCCAAGCCUCUCUGGCUGAAGUGACCAUGUUGAAGCAGAAGCUUGAAGAGUCUCUGAGACAGAGGGAGAGAGAGCUGACGGCCCUGAAAGGGGCUCUGAAGGAUGAGGUGGCCACGCACGACAGAGAGAUAGAGACUCUUAGAGAACAGUACAGCGCCGACAUGGAGAAACUGAGGAGCAGUAUGGAGCAGGUCUCACAGUCUCAGGCAGGAAUUGAGGCUGAGCGGUUGCGAGUGAAUGCGACAGUACGUACCCUCCAGAAGCAGUUGGAAGACUGCAGGGACGAGAGUGGCCACUGGAUGGAGCAGUUUCACAGCACUAGAGAUGAACUGAGGAUCACCAAACAGGAGUUGUUACAGGCUCGUCUGGAGAAAGAGGAGUUUGAGGAGGAACUGAAUGAAUUACAGGAGAAGGUCAACACCAUGAAAGAACAGAUACCAGACCCCAGUCAUACACAAACACUCAAUCAGGAGCUGCAGAGUUUGCGGGCCAAACUACAGCAAGCCCAAUCUGAGGUGGAUAAGAAAAGGACAGAACUUGAUAAAAAGGUAAUGGAGGUCGUGUCCCUGAAAAAGGCUCACCAGGAGCAGGAGGCAGAGCUGAAGUACGAGAUAGACAGGCUGAGGGACCAAUCAAAUCGAGCCAAAGAAGAUUUGGCCAAGGCCCAGGAGAAAACCAAACAGCUUCCUGACCCAUCCGUAGUGUCUGGUCUGCAGUCAGAGCUGAGUGAGACUUGUGACCAGAGAGACCAACUGAAAGAGAAACUCUCCAGUACUGAACAGGAGCUGCAGUCAAACAGUGAAAAGCUGGCCAGAACCCAGACAGAACUAAACGCUCUCAGAGAAACACAGCAGGAGAACCAGGAAGCUAACACACGCCUUAAGGAGACACUGUCACGUCUGGAGGCCAAGCUAGCAACUAUUGCGUCAGAGAGUUCCGAGGCAGAGUUGACCCUCCAGGCCGAGGUGAGAGGGCUGAAGCAGGAGCUGGACGAGGCCAGAAGAGCUGCCUCACGGCUGGGCCAGGACCACCUGCAGAUCAGCCAGCGUCUGGAGCAGAUGGAGAGGGAGAGGGACAAGCUCACUCACACUAACACACAGCUGGAGGAGCAGAGCAGACAGCAGGAGAAGGCGCUGAACAAGCUCACCACGGAGUUUGAGUCCCUGUCCCAGUCGUCUGGUGAACAGGUGCAGGCCCUCAGGGCUCAACUGGAGGAGCAGAGAGAGCGAUCUCGCAGGGAGACACAGGAGGCCCAGCGCCAGGGAAACGACAGACUGGCUGAAUUGGAGAACAGCCAGAGCUCCCUCCGGAGAUUGGAGGACGAGGUGUCCCGUCAUAAGAAGGAGCUGAUGUCUGUGGUUGAGGAGAGGGACAAUUCUCAUUUGGACAAGGAGCUGCUCACCAACCGCCUGCGCCACCUAGAGGCAGAACUGGAGAGCGCCAGGGCCAGCCUCACAGACAAGAGCAGGGAGCUCCGCAGCAUGGAGGACAAGAUGAAACGUCUGGAGUUAGAGCUGGAGGAGGAGAAGGGAACUGUGGAGCUCCUCACUGACCGAGUCAGCAGGAGCAGAGACCAAAUAGACCAGCUGCGUUCAGAGUUGAUGCAGGAGAGGUCAUCCAGACAAGACCUGGAGCUAGACAAGAAUGCCCUGGAGAGACAUAUGAAGGAGCUGAGGACCAGAGUGGCUGAUAUGGAGGGUCAGUCUCGCUCCUCAGUAGGAACGGCUCAGCUGGAGUCUAAAAUUCAAGAGUUGGAGGAGCGUAUCCACACUGAGGACAGGGAGAAGAACGCUGUGCUGUCGUCUCAGCGUCGCCUGGAGAGGAAAGUGAAAGAGCUCAACAUCCAGCUGGACGAAGAAAGACACCAACACCAGGAGCAGAGAGACCAGCUGUCUCUGCGUGUGAAGGCCUUGAAGAGACAGGUGGAUGAGGGGGAGACUGAGGUAGAGAGGCUGGAGGGACUGAGGAGGAAGGCCCAGAGAGAGAUGGAGGAGCAGAUGGAACUGAAGGAUGCCUUACAGGGCAGAGUCUCCACACUGGAAACUGAGCUCAAGAGGAAGGUCCAGCAAGUGCGUCGUCCCAACCUGGACUCAUCAGCUUUGAGCUCUGAGGAAGACGACGAUGAAGACCUGUACGACCCCUCCAGCAUUACGUCCAUCCUAACUGAAAGCAACCUGCAGACCAGCUCCUGCUGAAGGAGAGGGAGGGGAGGAGACGAGACGGGGAGUCAGAGGAGAAAAAGAACACUGCAGAGAAAAGGAGGAUUGUAGGAGGAGGUUAAAGGGAGUAUUUUAAGCACUACACAGAGAAGGAAGUAAGGGACAAGUAGUGUGGUGGUGUAGAUUGGGGGGUUUGAUACAGGGAAUGGGAGGGGUCCCAGGGUCACGGAGGAAAAAACGGGUCCAGGUCAAAGAUGGGAGCGUGUAGAAUAUGAAUACUGGUCUAUGCUGAACAUUACGCACUGAUACAAUGGUAAUGAUGAAGAGGAGGGGGGCCCAGAAGGAAUACAAGAUAACAGUAACAGGACACCAGUAUAAUAUGUCCACAGUAACAGGAAGGAGUCACUGUCUGAAGCACUUACAGAAUUGAUCACUGUCAGACUACUACAUACUAAUAAUCUGUCAUACUAUGUGCCCCUCUUUAAUAAUCUGUCAUACUAUUUGGUACUCUUUAAUAAUCUGUCAUACUAUUUGGUACUCUUUAAUAAUCUGUCAUACUAUUUGGUACUCUUUAAUAAUCUGUCAUACUAUUUGGUACUCUUUAAUAAUCUGUCAUACUAUUUGGUACUCUUUAAUAAUCUGUCAUACUAUUUGGUACUCUUUAAUAAUCUGUCAUACUAUUUGGUACUCUUUAAUAAUCUGUCAUACUAUUUGGUACUCUUUAAUAAUCUGUCAUACUAUUUGGUACUCUUCAAUAAUCAGUGGUGCAUUUUUUAUACUAUAUUAUGGUAUUAUGGUACUCUCAGUGUACAUCUACUGGAGAGUUUGAUCACACCUGACACAUUGACCGAAGGUGUCCCACCACAUCAACCGGUACUGUAGUGUGAGUGUUUGCCACUGUACUUGGGUGGUCUUUGCUUUAACUGGGAUCCUAUUGACCAGGCUGUAUUCUUACACUGAUGUGAUGCACAGCAACUGUGCAGCUGUUUCAUGCAUUCCUUAAUGGGCAAGUAAUCUACAUGUUUAUGAAACAUGGUUACACGCCAAAUUCUGACAGAGGCCUGUUAAUGAUUAUACCGCAAGUGCAUAGUGCACACUGAAACAACUAGCAAUAUAUGGCACUGAUAAACACAUUUAAAUGUAUUAGAAAUGGCACAGCCCGAGUGGCCCAGGCACUCCAAGGCAGACUGUUACAGCAUCCACUACAGACAGGUAUACUGAAAUGGGACUGAAUCAUUUGUUAGAGGGUAUUUUAGGAGAACUCACGUCGCUCUCCUGAGCCUGUUGGUAGUUGCUCUGAUGGGACAGUCAUACGUACAAUUGGAUAAACAGGUGUUAAAUUGAACAGUGGGGGAACAUAGCUUAUUUCUUCGGACAAAUGUAUUGUUAGUUUUGUAACUUGUAUCUGAAGUAUUUUCUGCCAGUUGACUACCAUGUACAAAUGAUACCUACAACUGAUGCCACACACCAAUGACACAAAUCAUGGCAUCUCUCUCACCAUGCUUUAUCUCUCACACACACACACACACACACACACUUUAAAAGUAUUUGUAGCAUCUGUGCACAAUUUCUAUGCAUUGUUAUACGUUUAAUACACUGAUGCCAUUAAAGCUCUUCAAUCUGCCUUAAAAAAUUUAAUAUUUUGUGAUAGAUGAUUUUUAAGUAGAAUUUAUUGUAAUUCCAGUGUAAUGUGAAUUGAUUUUUGUAAAUGAUUUGUUUCUAUUUAAUUUGUUUUGGGGGGUGAUCGGGAUCUUGCAUUUUUCAAUGUGAACACUAAAUGAUAGUAAUUGGUGUUGAAGAAAACCGCUAAAACAUUCCUAUGUUUUCCAGCUGUCUUGUUGGUUUGAAAAACUUUAAAGUGUAUUAUACUUUACAGCUCCUUAUGGUACACUCUUACUGGACUUGAUUUAGAAGAACAUGCAAUGCUUAAUGAAUACUGACCGAAAUGUAUUUUACUAUACCAAUCUGUUUUCUACGGAAUAAAAUGCUGAGCAGCC